AUGACUGCACACGAUUUCCCCAGUGCGCAUGUCGCUGACGCUGCGGGCAUGGACAUGAUACUCGUUGGCGACAGCCUCGCCAUGGUCGCUCUGGGUAUGGAGGACACCAGCGAAGUCUUAGUCGAUGAGAUGCUGCUGCACUGUCGAUCCGUCGCACGUGCCACCAAGGGGGCGUUCACGGUUGGGGAUCUCCCGAUGGGAUCGUAUGAGAUCUCCCCCGAGCAGGGCCUGACAACUGCGAUAAGGUUCAUCAAAGAGGGUCGCAUCCAAGGAAUCAAACUUGAAGGCGGCAAGGAGAUGGCGUCAACAAUCAAGAAGAUCACGCAGGCAGGCAUUCCCGUCCUUGCCCACGUCGGUCUCACGCCGCAACGCCAGAACGCACUCGGGGGGUUCAGAGUCCAGGGGAAGACGUCGAAGGGUGCGAUGAGUGUUCUGGAAGACGCGAUAGCCGUGCAAGAGGCAGGAAGUUUUGGGGUUGUCCUCGAGGCCGUUCCCGCUGAAGUCGCAACCAUCAUCACCCGGAAGCUCUCCAUUCCCACCAUCGGGAUCGGCGCAGGCAAUGGCUGUUCCGGCCAGGUUUUGGUGCAGGUAGACAUGUCCGGAAAUUUCCCUCCAGGUCGCUUCAUUCCCAAGUUUGUCAAACAAUACGGCAACGUGUGGGCCGAGAGCUUCCGAGCGAUUGAGUCAUACAGGGACGAGGUGAAGGGACGACAAUAUCCGGCCCCCGAACACACCUAUCCCAUCCCAAAGGAUGAGCUCGACGCCUUUGCCAAGGAAGUUGAAAAGAUUUGA